AUGUCACCCACGACAGUCCUCGACCGGACGCCCUGGCUCGCCGCGCACGGCAGCGACGCACGCGUCCACGCCGUCACGGACCCGUGGCCGGAGCACCACAUCCUGUCGGGGCUCCAGAGGGCCGGCGCGAUCGGUUCGGCGGCCGCGCUGUUCGACGCCGGCCGCGGCCGGUACCACGUAGCUGUGGAGGUGCGGGGGACGGUGGCGGGGUGGCCAGGGGUGGUGCACGGGGGGCUGAGCGCGAAGCUGUGCGACGAGGCGGCCGUGGAGCUCCUGCGCGCGAUGGGGCGGAGCGCGACGGUCGCGGCGAGCGCGCGGCGCUCCGUGGUGAACUACCGCGCCAAGGUCCCGACCUCCUCGCUCGUCGUCGUCACGGCGCAGCUCGACAGCGACGGCGCCUCCGACGACGGCAGCUACGUCGUCCACGCCCGCAUUCACGACGGCACGGACCCGGACGCCGCGCCGCCGUUCGUCGAAUGCACCGUCACGCUCACCCCGGCCGCGUCCGCCGCGAACAGCGCCCGCGCGCUCCCCGAGCGCACUAGCGACCGCUACGAGGCCAGCACGCACGCCGCCCGCGCCGCCGCCGCCCCCAAACACAUCUCCACACUCGCGGAGGAGAGCGAGCGCGACCAGGGGCCCGACUGGCUCCGGACGGACGCGACGCCGUGGCUGCGCGGCGUCGUCGAUGCGGAGGACAGCUACGCGGGCACGGGGUCCGGCUUCCUCGUCGGAGCGCUCUACCGCAAGGCAGACCGAACGUCGCCGCAUCACCUGUUUACGGCGGUGGCGCGGGCGGGGCUGUCGCGGGAGACGGCUGUGGUGUACGAGCGCGCGCGGCGGCGGUGCCACGUCGCGAUGCCGGUGCUCGAGGGGGCGUGCGGGCACGGCGCGGGGCGCGUGCACACGGGAGUGCUGUCCGCGCUGUCCGACGAGACGCUCGGGACGCUCGUGUUCGCGAUGAAGCUCGAGGGCGUGAUCCCCGCCGUGCCGUCCUUCACCGCGCGGCUCGAGGUCGAGCACGUCGAGGAGCCCGAGGCGCCGUCCCUGCUUGUGUGCUCCGCGGACCUGGUGUCCGUGGAGGGCCGGAAGAUCUGGGUGCAGUGCACGGUGCACGACGGGGCAGGCGGGCCCGACGGCGGCAAGGUCUACGCGCGGGCGAAGGCGCUCUUCGUGCAGAUGAACACGCGGCCGGACAAGAUCCUGAAGGCCGUCGUCGGCGCGGCCUGGGACAACGUCGCCCGGCGCGGCAAGCACGUCCUCUCAACGAUCACGGCGGCACAGAAGCGCAGCGACCACGUGGGCCUCCUGGGACCCUCCCUGGUCGCCCUCGGCGCGAUCGCGAUCUCUCUGCGCGCGGGCGUGUUCCACGCGCUGACAGCGGCGGCUCCGUGA